CCAAAAACAAAGCUAAAAAGCAACAAAACCAAACCGUACGGUAUCAAUGGAGAGUGAGAGAGUGCUCCGUUUACAGUGAAAGCAUCUCCAAUCUCUCUUCUUCUUCAACAAAACCAACUCCAAACUCUUGAUCGAACUUUGCCGAUCUUUCUUCAACAUUCCAGAAUCUCUUCUGUACAACGCCGUUGUUUGUUAAUUUCGGUUUAGCUGCUGUACAUACAGAACCCUCCCCGUUCUCUAACGCUCAGUAUAAUUCCAUGGAGUUGUACGGUCGCAACAACACGGCGAGGAAUGGGUCCCAGUCCAGUCACCAGCCCAAAUGGAACCCUACAACCGGCCUUGAAGAAUCGAUGUGGCAAUUGGACCUGAAGAUCACAGAAUCCUAUCCAGAGCGACCCGGAGUGCCCGACUGUGUGUACUACAUGCGAACUGGAGUCUGUGGCUAUGGUAACAGGUGCCGUUACAAUCACCCUCGAAAUCGUGCCGCGGUUGAGGCUGCAGUUAGGGCUACUGGGGAAUACCCAGAACGACCAGGGGAACCACUGUGUCAGUUUUACAUGAAAACCGGUACCUGUAAAUUUGGUGCAUCCUGCAAAUUCCACCAUCCCAAACAUUCAGGUGGUUCCAUGAGUCAUGUUCCAAUGAAUACAUAUGGAUACCCACUACGACCGGGUGAAAAAGAAUGCUCCUACUAUUUGAAAACGGGGCAGUGCAAGUUUGGUAUAACAUGUAAAUUCCAUCAUCCUCAACCAGCUGGCACAUCAACGCCGGCAUCUGCACCUCAGUUUUAUCCUCCGGUGCAGUCUCCUUCAGUUCCUAUGCCUGAACAGUACAGUGGGGCAUCCACCAGCUUGAGGGUAGCGAGACCUCCGCUUUUAGCUGGUUCUUAUGUGCAGGGGGCUUAUGGUCCUGUGCUGUUUUCCCCUGGAGUUGUUCCUUUUUCUGGUUGGAGUCCUUACUCGGCACCUGUAAGCCCUGUGCUAUCUCCUGGUGCCCAACCUGCAGUUGGAGCAACUUCUCUAUAUGGAGUAACACAGCUAUCUUCUUCAAUGCCUGCACUUGCUGGACCUUAUUCCUCCUUGCCUUCCUCUAGUGGUCUUUCAAGUAGUGGCCAGAAGGAACAAUCUUUUCCAGAGAGACCUGGUGAACCUGAAUGCCAGUACUUCUUGAAAACUGGGGACUGUAAAUUUGGAUCAUCUUGUAGGUAUCAUCAUCCUCGGGAUAGGAUUGCACCAAGAUCAAACUGUGCCCUUAGCCCGCUUGGUCUCCCUUUGCGUCCGGGGGUGCAGCCUUGUACUUUCUACGUGCAGAAUGGAUACUGCAAGUUUGGCUCCACGUGCAAAUUUGAUCAUCCAGUGGGCACAAUGAGAUAUAGUCCAUCUGCAUCUUCUCUCAUUGAAAUGCCUGUUGCUCCCUACCCAGUUGGGUCUUUGCUGUCUACUCUGGCCCCUCCAUCCUCUUCUGAUCUGCGGCCUGAACUGAUUUCAGGAUCCAAGAAGGAUUCUUUAUUGAGCAGAAUCCCUUCUUCUGGAAGUACCUCCAGUAGUUCGGUUGGUCUGAUUUUCUCUCAGACCGGGCCUGGUCCUCUUUCUGACUUGCAGCUCUCAGGUCAGACUUCUGUUCCCUUAAGCAGUAGCAGAAGUACAAGGCAGGGUGUUGAAGUUCGUCGUUCAAGUUGAUUUAUAACAUGAAAGUGAUUCUUCAUUAGCCCUCACAAUGAGGUUUCUCUUGUCUUUAUAUGUUUCUUGUUUAUAGAUCUCAGUAAAUUAUAGUCAAUUGUGCAGAGUUUACUUAUAGUUGUCAAGCUUUAUCAGUCAAUCUGGCUUACCUCACCAUAGGACUGAUUGUCUUAUAUGAUCAUCUUUAUAUGUCCAUCUAAAAUAAGCUUCAAUAGCGAACAACAUAUGAACUCUCCCUCUUUCUCCCAAAUAAUUGAAAUAGAGCCACCGAUCAGGUCAGAUUCCCCCUUGUUCAACUUUGGAUCUUUUGUAUCUAUGUGUCAUGAUCAGUUAUGCAAUGGAAAGGAUUAUUAGUUCCACAAAAUACUCAGCUAUGCCAUUCAUGUCUUUCUUAGAUCGAAUUCCUUGUGUUACUUUGUUGUCUAUUCCAUGCCUCUCUCUCAAAGUAUGGGGAUAAUAAACUUCCAAUUUUUUUUUUUUUUUUUUAUCCUGAACUUGCCUGUUUGAUUUCAUAGGGGUAGUAGCCCCUAUCUGCUAGGUUGUAUGAGGACAUUUUGAAGGUCCCAAGAAGGCAUCUUAUUGCAACUUGAUUUCGAGAUACAAGAGAACUAGUAUCCUUAAGGGUUUUUAUAUUCAUUGGAUGACUGAGAAAGCUUUUGUAAAAAUUCUCUUAUUUCUCUCCAUUGAUUUAUAUAAGAUAAGACAAGACAUUGUGGGACCUUGAGAAUUAGU